AUGGAGUCCUACACAACGAUCCUAGUCGUUCUCCUCAUCCUAUUCGUCUUCAUCAUCUCUUGGGUUUUCUUCGGGAAGGUCGUCGUCCUGAAAUUCGUAAGUAGCCCCCGCGGCGCUCCAAUCUUCGUCUCUGGUAUCUACAAAUCUAACAAUAUUUUCAGGCUGAGUACAUGUGCGGUCCCAACAACUGCCUUUCCUUAUGGAUUGGUCCCUCUCACAGCGGCCCUUCCUCAUCCAGCGCCGUCUAACAUCUCCCUCAUCUCUAGGGCCAAUAGUCAAGAUGCGUACGAAGCCCAAGCUGCCGCUGCCGUUGAACGCGCUCAAAAGCGUGCCGAAACUUUAGCCGCCAAAGAAGAAGCCGCCCGCAAAGCUGAGGAGGAAAAGGCUCUGCAGGAAGCUGCUGCUAUCUGCCCCAACUGCAAAGUAAACCAUGGUUCCCCGUCUGCCGUUUCCGACGUCACCGAUUACAUGGACUGCUGCGAGCGUCAUAAGCAGGCCAAACCUCACAAGACCGUUUUCAGCGUGGCGAGUACCGAGUCUACCGUAUGA